GCGAUACCCCUUUCCCGUUGUACCCACCUUUGCAUCCUCACUCACCGUGCUCGUCGUCGCUCCCUCGCCGCCGUCUUCAGACUCUUCCCUUCUCCGGUCGUCGUCGUUGGCAGCAAUUAUCUAGCGGUUUGAUGGCUGUUUCAGCUCUCACGGAAUCAAUGUUAUGAUACCUCCAGUCAUUCAAAUUUCGGAGACCGUUCUGUGUUGCUGGUAAAGUUUGAUUUUUUGCCCGGUUUUUAACCAUGUUUUCUCGCCUAAUACCCAAAUCCCCCCAUUUCCGACGCUUUGUAUUGAUUACUUCAAAGUCUAUCUCACAUCCCCAACCAUAUUUCAUCUAUUCUGCCACCACCUCUGCCACCACCUCGAAUUUUUUUAUUUUCCCUAAGUACUUCUCCACCGAUGGGAACAAUAACAACAAUGGUAGGGAUCAAUUUUCUAACCACCAUUGGUCCUUGUUGGCUGGGGCCUCGAAACCUUGGACCUUACGGGAGGAAGAGAAAGAUGUGUUUAAUUUUCAAGAUAUUGUAAACAAUGCGAGUGAUUUCAGGCCUGAUAGUAGUAUUGUGGAGAGUGAGACAACUGAUAGUCAGAAAAUUGAGGAUCCUGAAAAACUUGAGAAGGAAGAGAAACAGUUGACUGCGGUUCUCAAAGGACCCAACCGUGCUUUUGGUGAUCUUAUUGCUGCUUCUGGAAUUACGGAUGAAAUGAUUGACAGUUUGAUGGCAUUGAAGGACUUUGAAGAGGUUGAUGGCUUGCCACCCCUUAGAGAAAUAGAAGACAUGCGCUAUGAAAAGAGUACUAAAAAAUCUACUAGAGCUGAAAUUGAGCGACAGAAACAGGAGGAAGCUGCAAAAGCAAGAGUGAGAAAAGUAGAUGAGAAAGGACGUGCCUAUGGAACAGGAAGAAGGAAGUGCAGUGUAGCUCGUGUUUGGGUUCAGCCUGGUGAUGGUAAAUUUAAAGUUAAUGAUAAAGAAUUUGAUGUCUGCUUUCCUAUGCUUGAACAUCGGGCUACCCUAUUACGACCUUUCUCUGAGACGAAGACAUUGGGGCUUUGGGAUGUCAAUUGUACUGUGAAAGGAGGUGGUGUUUCAGGUCAAGUUGGAGCAAUACGGUUGGGGAUCAGUAGGGCUUUGCAAAGCUGGGAACCAGACUUGCGUCCCGCACUUAGAAGUGCAGCUGGUUUCUUGACUCGGGAUCCUCGUGUGGUAGAAAGGAAAAAGCCCGGAAAGGCCAAAGCAAGAAAAAGUUUCCAAUGGGUCAAGCGUUGAAUACUUGGAGGCUUGGAGCUUCUGUUCAUGUACCAUGAAUCUUGUAUGGAACAUCUUGCUUCUUUUAAUAAACUGCCAAAAUUCAAUCAUCCUGUUCACCUGGGAUAGAAAGAGACACUAGGGUUUAUUUAGUUUUGGAAUGAACAUCUGAUCUUAUACUAUGCUAUAUUAUGAAAUUUUGGUUCGGUGCUGCAUGAAGUACUUGUUUUGUCUGUGUAUUUAUUUAUUCUUUUGGCAACCUGUGAUUCAGUUAUGGACAGUU